AUGCCUCCUCCGGGCCCGCAGGAUUCUGCGAAUCCAUACCCAUCGACCCCUCUUCAAUCGAUACCACUCCAGAAUCUUGGUCGCGGCCAAGAUCCCCCGCCAGAGUCGGUAGACGUCGCCCAUAGUCGAGGCAGAACUUUGCUGAGUGGCGGAUCACGGCCGUUGAGCGGGUAUAAUAAUGGCCCUCGAUAUGAAAGGUUGGACGAGACCUCCCCAAGUCCGGUUGACAGGACCCCUCGUCGCGCUGGCGCUACUCCUACUCCCCUAUCUAUAAUACCGCAGUCACGGCCGCCCAACGACCCGGAAACCCCGAUAUCUCCAGUCGGUAAUCCUGCGGAUUUCCAAGCUGCGAUGGGGUUUGCGGGUCUGCUCGUCCCCGACAUCAGUGUCUCGCAAGCUCCAAGAACGAAUUCCCCCUACGGGUCAGGGGAUUUUAGCGGCGCAUCCCCAUACGGCGACUCUCGCGAGGAUCUUUCGGGAUAUGAUCCGGGAUACUUUCCACCUGACUCCGAUAGUAUUCCUCUCACAGAUACGAAUCAUCUUCAGCCUGUGAGUGGAGCGGAAGCCUAUGCUGAUAGGGGACAAGGACAUGAUAGAUCGGGGAGUUUCCAUAGCGUUGAUUUUGCCUCGUCCGGGGCAGGGAGACAUGCGAGUUAUAGGCUUGGAGACGAGCUUGGGCUGGCAGAAAAUGGUCUUUCGCGAGGAUCUCUCUCUCCAGACAGUCGGAACAGGUCCCGAUCGCCGUCGACCACCUCGGGCGCCCUCUCAAGGGCUGGCUCAAUGGUAAGGGCAAUGUCACAACGUGUUGUGAAUCUCAGUGGUGAGGCCGAGCUUAUUGAAAUGAGUGCUCGUCGGGAGGCGGCUCGGCAAUCCAGCAUCCCGCCUGUUCCAAGUCUCCCCAGUGAGCCUCAACCCUUUUUUCGAUCACAAUAUGAUGAGCCACUGCCUACGGACCCUAAACAUCAAAGUGGUGUAUCACCAGCACCUGCGGAGAAAGCUAUGCGGUUCUUUGGUUCAAAUUCGCCAGAACCGUCGCCCAAUGAUGAACGGAAACUGAAUUCCAACCCCCUGAAGGGCAAUUCGUUGGGGAUUUUUUCUCCUGAGAGCAGAAUCCGAAACCGCCUAUGUGAUAUGCUGGUUUGGCCAAUUACAGAGCCAGUCAUCCUGAUUCUCAUCAUGGUUCAAACUGUCCUCCUAGCCGUUGAUUCAUCCAAAAAUGUUUUCACCAAUCCUCGUCCGGAGCGCUGGGGCGGGUCCGCAAUUGAUCUCGCUAUUCUUGCGUUAUUUAUUAUUUUCACUCUCGAGAUCAUUGUUCGGGUCAUUGUGUCUGGAUUCGUUAUCAACGCCCCAGAGUACAGUACCAUAGAUCGGAAUGGCGGGGUGAAGGCCAUGGUUCUGGACAAAUAUCGGACUUUUUUUACACCUAAACGAGGAUUAUCCGUUAAGGGGCACCGUGCUUCCCCCUUGGUCACCGCCCCUACCGUUCUUCGUUCUUUCACCGUAAUGCAGGGGGAAGAUAUUAGGACUGUGGAGCAAGCGCAACGUCUCCAGCUGGCCAGACGUGCAUUUUUGCGGCAUGGCUUCAACAGACUUGAUUUUGUGGCUGUUGUAGCGUUCUGGAUAUCUUUCGUUCUGGGAGUUGCAGGGAUGGAGAGUCGCCAUCAUAUAUACCUCUUCAAAAUGUUGAGUUGCUUGCGGAUCCUUCGAUUACUGGCCCUCACACAUGGAACUGCUAUUAUUUUGCGAAGUUUAAAGAAGGCGGCGCCAUUGCUUGUCAAUGUUGGGUUUCUCAUCGGCUUUUUCUGGCUGCUAUUCGCAAUCAUUGGGGUGCAAAGCUUCAAGUCGAGUUUUGAUCGUCAAUGCGUUUGGAUUGACCCUCUAGAUCACUCAAAUAAGACUGGCUCGGCAUACACGCAUGAGUUCCAGUUCUGUGGAGGGCAGUUCAACAAUGAUACAGGAGCCCACGAUCCUUGGAAAUUGGGGCCCCUCGAUGGUACACAAGACGUCGACCGUCUCGAGAACGGAACGACAUCUAUUAAGGGGUAUCUAUGCCCCCGAGGAUCAUACUGCAUUCAACUUGAAGGAGACCAGCUUCCUUACAGCGGAACAGUCAGCUUCGACAAUAUCUUCCAGUCGCUGGAAUUGGUUUUCGUGACAAUGACCGCGAAUACUUACACUGAUAUUAUGUAUUACACCACAAAUUCGGACUACUUAGCAGCUGCGAUCUUUUUUGCCGGUGGUAUCAUGAUAAUGAUGCUGUGGCUUCUCAAUUUGCUUAUAGCUGUCAUUACUUCUUCCUUCCAGGUAAUCAGAGAAGAAGGCAAAGCUAGCGCAUUUGCUGCUCAUGUCAAGACUCUCCUACCAACCAAGGACCCCGGCUUACCUCGCCGCGUCAGCUCACUCAAACGUUUAUUUGAUAAGACGCAAUGGGUUUGGGUCAUCUGUAUUGCCUACGACCUCGUGGCUCAAUCUAUUCGGAGUACGACUAUGUCGGCCUCUCGGGGGCGAUUGAUCGAUACCUCAGAGACUGUCGUCACAUUUAUUCUACUGGUCGAGAUUGUUCUCCGGUUUGCUGUCGAUUGGCGAGGUUUUGCUCGGGACAAGAAGAACUGGUUUGACCUAGGACUGGCUGUUAUUACAACAAUCAUUCUGAUACCGCCGAUUCGCAACUCUGGGCAACCCUAUGCAUGGCUAACCGUUUUUCAACUUCUCAGAGUUUACCGGGUUAUCAUCGCGGUGCCUGUCACAAGAAAAUUGCUUACUCUUGUGCUCGGAAACUCAAGUGGUAUUGGCAACCUCAUGCUAUUUGUCUUUUUGAUAACAUUUCUCAUCUCAAUCUUCGCCGUACAAUUAUUUCGGGGUGAAAUUGAUCAAUUCGACGACGGCGGUGAUCCUCACCAGGUUACCUUCGCUACUAUAUAUAACGCCUUCCUCGGAAUGUACCAAAUUCUAUCUAGUGAAAACUGGACCGAGGUGCUUUAUAAUGUCACCAUGUACGGUAACUCUCGACACUCGGGUUGGAUUGGUGCAAUAUUUUUCAUCGGAUGGUUCAUUCUAGCAAACUUCAUCUUGGUAAACAUGUUCAUAGCUGUUAUCCAAGAAAAUUUCGACGUCUCCGAAGAUGAAAAACGCAUGCACCAACUCAAAGCAUUCCUAAACAGAAAGGAACUCGGCGGUUCGUCCAGCAAUCUCUCGCUCUCGGCCGUAUUCCGCUUUGGUCGGGCCAGGGCACCUAAAGAUCCUUUAGAUUAUGGUCCGGCCACAAUGGAAAUGCUCUUGAAGGAUGCUGUUGUGAAAGACUUCCUGGAUGACGAAAUCCGCGCAGCGGACGAAUCCUCCCCACACAUCAACACUCCACCUGCGCAGGCGCCCGUCGCCAAUAACGGGCUUCUUUCCAGUUUGCGGGACAAGUUCGUAAGCCGUGUCUGGAAUCGGGAACCGAAUCCCUUCUAUUCAAAUAUUCAAUUUUCGAGCCGGCCUGAUGAACCAACUGACGCAAGAACCUUGGCGAAGGAGGCUGUCUCAGCAACUUCGCAACGAAAGAAGGCACAGCGUGAAUUUUUAGCUCGGCAUCCAACUUAUAAUAAUGCUCUAUUUAUCUUGAAGCCUACGAACCCAGUCCGCCGCUUCUGCCAGAGGAUCGUGGGCCCUGGGCGUGGAAAUGAACGAAUUGAUGGCGUCGAGCCAAACAAGGUCGUAUGGUACACAUUUUCUGCAUUUAUAUAUGCCGCAAUAGUAGCCAUGGUUCUACUUGCUUGCGUCACUACUCCCCUUUAUCAGAAGGAGUACUUCGAUACCCAUACAUUCAACGUCAAAAAUUGGUUUGUGUGGGCUGAUAUGUCCUUCGCCAUUCUAUUCACGGCCGAAGCGCUCAUCAAAGUCGUUGCAGAUGGCUUUUUCUGGACUCCUAAUGCUUAUUUCCGAAGUUCCUGGGGAUUGAUUGAUGGCAUUGUAUUGAUCACCUUUUGGAUCAGCGUCAGUACAUCCCUGUUAAACGAUGGCGCAGUUUCCAGGGCUGUAGGAGCGUUUAAAGCCCUUCGAGCCUUGAGGUUACUCAACGUUAGUGAUAGUGCCCGGGAAACGUUUCAUUCCUUGAUCAUUGUUGGGGGCGCCAAGUUCUUUUCGGCUGCCUUUGUGUCCUUAUCUCUCCUGAUUCCGUUCGCCAUAUAUGGCUUGAACCUUUUUCAUGGUCAAAUGGUAUCUUGCAAUGACGGUUCUGACAGCAUCUCUGGCCUCGCUGACUGCUUCGGGGAAUGGGGAUCGACGCCUUAUAGCAAUGACUGGAUACUGAUGACACCGAGGGUAGCGUCCAAUUCUUAUUAUAACUUCGACGAUUUUGCAAGUUCGCUCUUCAUACUUUUCCAGAUCGUCUCCCAAGAAGGCUGGGUAGAUGUGAUGUGGAGUGCCGAAUCGAUUACGGGUCGGGGACUUCAGCCAAAACCAUUUGCCUCGCAAGGCAACGCACUAUUUUUCGUCAUAUUCAACCUCCUCGCAACGGUAUUCGUGCUUACCUUAUUUAUCUCCGUCUUUAUGAGAAACUACACGGAACAGACCGGAGUUGCUUUCUUGACGGCAGACCAAAGGUCGUGGUUAGAGCUUAGAAAACUUUUAAAGCAAGUUUCACCUUCCAAGCGGCCUUCUAACAAUCUCGAUAAGAACUGGAAAGACUGGUGCUACAAACGGGCCGUCAGGAAACAUGGUAAAUGGCAACGGGCGAUAACGGGUGUCCUCGUUCUCCACCUCAUCUUAUUGUUACUGGAAUACAAUAAUGAACCAGAGUGGUGGGAUUUGGCCAGGACGUAUAUUUUCCUGGGUUUUACGAUCUUUUACAUAGCAAACGUCGUCGUACGGAUCGUAGGACUCAGUUGGGCGAGAUUUAGACGAAGUUCAUGGGAUAUAUACUCGAUCAUCUCCAUCAGCGGGACACUUGUCACUACAAUAUUAUUCCUGGCCAACCCGGAUUCACAGCUCUACAUCCGACUCCACAAGACGUUCCUCGUCUCAAUCGUCCUUCUUCUAAUCCCACGGAAUGACGCCCUAGAUCAACUUUUCAAGACAGCAGCUGCUAGUCUAACAAACAUCGGUAAUCUGCUAGCCACAUGGUUUAUUUUCUUCCUAGUUUUCGCAAUCGCCAUGACCCAAACCUUUGGCCUCACUCGAUUUGGGAGCGCCGAGGAUGGUAAUAUCAACUUCAGGACGGUACCGAAAGCCCUCAUCUUGCUCUUCCGCAUGAGUACUGGCGAAGGCUGGAAUGGAGUCAUGGAAGAUUAUGCCGGUAUCGAACCGCCACUUUGUAUCUCCGGCCUCGACUUUUUCGAAAGCGAUUGCGGAAGUCAGAACUGGGCACGGGGUCUCUUUAUUGCUUGGAACAUUCUCAGCAUGUAUAUCUUCACCAGUUUAUUCGUCUCGCUCAUCUACGAAAGCUUCAGUUACGUGUACCAGCAUUCCAGUGGACUCGGGAAAGUAAGCAGGGAAGAGCUUCGGCGCUUCAAACAAGCAUGGGCGACCUUAGAUCCCGAGGGCACGGGAUAUAUCAGUAAGGAGGCAUUUCCUCGGCUUUUGGGCGAACUCUCCGGAGUGUUCGAAAUGCGCAUAUAUAGCCAAGAAAAUUCCGUGCGGAGGAUCCUAGAGGAUAUUCAGUCUGAGCAACCGUCAGGCAGGAUAUCAGCUAUGGCAACCUCGAGCGCAUCCAGUGGCGUCGAUUUGAAGGCCCUGAACAAGAGACUCAACACUAUUAAUCCGGAGCAGGUCAGACUGGCGAGGACUCGUUACAAUCUCUUCUUUGAGGAAGUCAUGGUCUCAGCCGACGCCGACCGCGGGAUUUCAUUUACCACUGUCUUACUGAUCUUGGCCCAUUACAACGUGAUUAGCGAUAAUAAGAGUUUGAAGCUGGAGGAAUUCUUACGCCGUAGGGCGCGCCUACAACGAGUAGAGGAAGAAAUCCGCCGGCGGAUCGUCCUCGGGUUCUUCGAUACGAUGUACUGGUCAAGAACAUUUAGGAGGCAUAUGGAGAGGAAACGAUCAGGCCGUAUGACUGACAUCCCACAACUGGGACCAGAAGUAUUUAUAGAUGACGAAGAAGAAGUUGUCCCGAAGCCGGGCAAAUCACCAGCAUCUGAACGAUUGUCACCAAUGGAUAUUGUCGAUACCCGCAGCUCGUUCAUUGCCCACGGCUUGGAUGGUGCGCGACGCCAUCGCUCAGGGGAGUCGCAGUCGCCCUCCAGCUUUGGCGGGCCGCUGUCACCGGCCUUCCCUUCCCCCAACACUGGGAAGUCGCCGCAGCUAUCACCACAUCGGCCGACCAAUUCAGCCUUCAGUUUCGAGGGAGGAGAGCUGGGCGAAGCGGCCUCGGCAGCUAGUAGUAGGCGCGGCAGCGGAGUUAGCGCAGAGAAUGUCCUACAAAUCCUUGAUAAUUCGGCUUGGGGAGAGAGUAUUCGGCGAAGUUUUACCAUGAAGCGACCACCCAACCGCAGAGACCCGCCUUCAUAA